AUGUAAACUGAACCAAACAUCACUGCUAACGAAACCUAUAACUUAGCAGCUGUUACCUUUGCUUAUAAUGUCGGAAUAUUUACAUCGCUGGUGUGUGGAGCAGUUACACCACAAAUUUGGUUUGGAAGCGAGUGAUGACAUUGUUCAGUAUAUUCUUUCCAUCACUAAAGCUGAAGAAAUUGUGGAGUAUGUGGGGGAUCUUCUGCAGGGAACCGACGGAAAGAAAAAGGAGUUUAUUGACGAGCUGCUGGACAAAUGGCGACAGUGUCAAAAACAGGAAGAUAAGGAUCCAGAACGGAUUCCCUUUAAACAGACCGGAAUGGAGGGCCCUGACAUUAUUAAAGACACCCAGAAGAAAAAGCGCAAAGGGAGGAACAAGCAGGAGUUCGUCACUGUUAGUCAAGCUGAGCCAGAACCAGAAGCUGUAAAAACCCCUAUCGACUUGAUUAGGGCUCAGCAAGAGAACAGCAGCUCAUCCUCAACCAAGAAAAAGAACAAAUUUGUGAAUUUAUAUGCCAAAGAGGGGCAGGAUAGACUGGCCGUUCUACUGCCUGGACGCCAUUCAUGUGAUUGUCUGGCUCAGAAACACAAACUCAUUAACAAUUGUUUGACCUGUGGUCGAAUCGUGUGUGAGCAGGAGGGAUCUGGUUCUUGUCUCUUCUGUGGAAGUCUGGUGUGUACUAAAGAGGAGCAGGAGAUCUUGCAGCGUGACUCAAACAAAAGUCAGAAGCUUCUUAAAAAACUCAUGGGAGAUCGUGUUGUAUCUGAGGGAGAUAAAGACUGCCUUCCACACCAGGAGGUCAGGAUUAAAGCAGGCUUGGAGAAAGCUAUACAGCACAAAGAUAAACUGCUGGAGUAUGACAAGAACAGCGUUCGUCGAACUCAAGUGUUGGACGAUGAGUCGGAUUAUUUCGCCACAGAUUCGAAUCAAUGGCUCUCCCCAGCGGAGCGUCAGGCUCUUCGCAAAAAGGAGGAGGAGCUUCGGGAACUUCGCCACGCCUCCCGUAAGGACCGCAAGAUCACACUAGACUUUGCAGGCAGACAAGUGCUGGAGGAAGAGGAGAACCUGACUCACUACUACAACAAGUUUGAUGAAACCGUCAAGUCCAUUAACACUGGGACUCUGGUUCAGACCCCAAAGAGCUCAACAUCUGCUGGUCGGCAGCACCUCAGGGAGCUUGUCAAUCCAAAUAUUCUACAGGCUGCACCGCAGUGGGUGGAUGUGGGUGGUGCUGAGAUCUCUCGCAAGCCACACAGUAAGACUAAGGACAGCGAGCAGAAGCCUGAGCGCUCCAGGCUGCGGCUGCAGGACCGAGAGCUGCAGGAAAUGGCAGAUGAUGGCUGGUGCCUCAGCAUGCACCAACCAUGGGCUUCACUUCUUACCUGGGGUAUAAAGAGAGUGGAGGGCAGGACAUGGUACACCUCCCAUAGAGGGCGCCUGUGGAUCGCCUCUGCAGCCAAGAAGCCCACUUCUGAAGAGAUCACCGAGGUGGAGACCAUGUAUCGUCAGAUCUAUAAACAAGAUCUUCAGUUUCCUAAAGACUAUCCUACCGGCUGCCUGCUCGGCUGUGUCAACAUGACAGACUGUCUCUCCCAGGAGCAGUUCAGAGAGCAGUAUCCCCAGAUCAGUGAGGAAUCAAGCUCUCCAUUCGUCUUCAUUUGCACCAACCCUCAAGAGCUGCUGGUGAAAUUUCCCAUGAAAGGGAAGCACAAGAUCUGGAAGCUGGAGGGUCGCAUUCACCAAAGUGCCAAGAAGGGGUUAAUGCAGCCAACCUGACCUCAAAAAAAGCCAUGUCAGGCCAAGAGGAACCACAUUUCCAGCCAAUGGGUGACUAGAGCUGACCAUGGGAGUCUAUAGCGACACUGAUCAGGGAACAAUGCAACCCACAGAACACUGUGACUGUUAAAAAUCUUUGAACAACAGAUUAUUCCAAAAAUUAAAGGUUAUGUUGCAUUUUCCGGGCUUAAGUGCAUCUGUAUUUGAUUACAAGGAAUUUGUAUAAUAAAAUGAAUUAAAUUGUA